CCCUCCGCGUUCACUUGAGUUAGGCCUAUGCUUCGUUUGCUCUGUGUUUGUGGACCGGAGGGGUUCGAGUCGAACUUUACCCCAAAAUUUUCACCUGUGACUCUCGGACUAGUGACGCGGUCAUGAUAGAGCAGUAGGACACACUUAUCACGUCACAAGAACGCACAAGUAGUAGAGGCAAUAUGUUUAUAUCUGUGAAAAUCCUUCAGGGUGAAGAAUGCACAAUAGAGGUAAGUGGGGUAUCUGCGAGUUCUUCCAUCAGCGCAGUCAAACAUCUCGUUGCCCAACAACUGCAAAUUCCUGUAGACCAGCAGCGCCUAGUGUUCAGAGGCAAGACACUCUCAGAUAGCCUAUCUCUGGGGGACUACAACAUUGUAGAAGGGAACAGGCUGCACCUAUUUGUUCUUAAGGCAGCUGACAAUGCUACAGUCGUGUGGGACCAAAUGCGCAAAUUCCUGCUGUCCCAAUUCUCCCAUGAGGAUGCUGAGAAAGUGUUAGAAGAAUAUAAAAAGGACUUCUCCCAAUCCGUUGCCAGCCUGAGCCUCGAUGACAUUGAAAGAUUGGCUAGCAGCAGUCUGGGAACAACCUCCACAACUACUUCCACCUCGGGCGACGCAGCGUCCAGACCUCCGCCAGGUCGAGGCAGUGGUAGCUCGCUGUUGGUUCUCAGCAACGAUGAAGCCUCCUAACAAUGCUACAAGACCUCCUCUCUCGCCCCCUUUCUGCCCCUUCUCUCUCUUCCUUUUGUGUGGCACUCGCGGGCUCAUUUCAUCUGUGUAAACCCGAGAGACACACGUUGCAGAUGGUCCAGCCACAUCAAAUGAUGAGCUCCUCCUGUUAUCUGGCACUUCAAUGGCCAGGAGCACAAACAACAUGAAGGAAGCACAUUGCUGCAAUUUUGUGUGUCCAGUGUGGGUGAUGCCAUUUGCCAUCUCUUCGUUUUGAUGCCUCAGGUGGUCUGCCACUGGCAGCAGCUGCAACAAAUCGGUAUUUGAAAUAAAAAGUGCCACAAGCACUUGUGGUGAUAUGCUUUGGUUUCACAACGUGCAACAGCACUGAUGGACAUUUUUCUUCUGUGUUAGCGCCAGUUUGCUUCCCAGCGCUGUUUUGCCUUUUUUUGUAUUUUCCCCCAAUACAUUUGUCUGUCACAUUGUGUUUUCUGGCAUCAGAGAGGAAUGUACAAUCAAGGUUGUUGCUGCAUUGGCCCACCACCUCUUUGCUUAUGUAUGUGUUGGAUGCUGCUAGCACUCUUAGUAUGGAAUGCAGUGAGACUGAACCGAGGGCCUACUGGCUCGUUUGUCGUUAUUCCACAUACUCUUUGCCAUCACAACAUGCGCAUGUGUGAGAAUUGAUGAGACCCUGUGUUUUGUCCAUUUACUACUCUUCAUUAUGCUGUAUGUGUACCUCGGCUUGUGGAGAAAAGACAGUGUGUGGAGUGGCCAUUGGAAGCUACGUAGAGAAUUGGUGAAGAAUGCAGUGUUUGUGUGUGUAAAUGUGGAAAGACGAGGUGGUUUGUUUUUUGAGGUGGGACAUGGCAAUGUGGCUUUGGACACUGAAAGCUGUGCUUGGGGCCCCGAGGAGAGCAGGGAGUGAAACAAGUGCUUGUUUCUGCGCUACCAAGGAGACAAUUUGCCGGAGCACACAGGAGUGUCUAUGUGUGUGGUACCAAGAUUCGUGCGAGGUAGUGGUCUGUGUCUUGCAGUGAGAGCCGAGUGAAGUCCACAAUUUGCCGGUGGCACACUACUCUGUAUUUAAGAACCACUUAUCUUUCUUUUGUUACACCCUUGUCCAAGAUGAGCAACACACUUCUCUUUUGUACAUACAGUUGUCUUGAAAUGAACACGUCUGACCCAAUGCCCACUUGUAUUUUGUAAUGGUCUAACGUGCAGGUAUGAUUUGUUGGGUGGCUUUUUAAGAAUGGUUGCUCUCACACAUGUAGUUGUCUCCAAACAGUCGUGACACUUUCAUCAUUGUUUCUUCAUUAAGUUAAGCUGCCUACGUAUCUACUUUUAAAAUAGACGCAACAGGAGGGUUUUCCUUGUUGCAUAUUCUCAAGGGAGCUGGGAAAGGUCCUUCUGUUUAUUUUUCAAUAGCCUGUGAAAUUCAGUGCCACUAUUCUGGCGCUCAUUACUGCAAACUUUUGUCAGUCCUGUUGACAAAAGCCGUUUAUUAUUUACGAAGACUGGUUCAGCCUCACCAGAUCACGGGGAAACAUACUUGCGAAAUGUUCUACCUGGCAGAAUAUAAGCUCAAGUCAGCUGGGCAGUAGUAUGCUGACAGGACAUUGUGUUGACCAUUGUUUUUAGCACCUCCUGUCUUUAUUGCGCAAUUGCAUCAGUCAUUUUUUUUAUAUGGUACAUUUUCUGUUCAUGCAGCAAUUCCCAUUAUGCAAAAGAAUUCUGCCCUGCUGCCUUGACUUCCACACAAGUACUCUUGUAAUGAGGUUCCCACAUAGCCAAUAAAGUUCACUUUUU